UGUGCGUCGUAUUGAACUCACAUGCUGUUGAUCAGCUGGCCAACCACGUGGAGCAAGACUCGCGCUCUUUCUCAUACACUUGACGAGAUUUCUUUAAUCUUCACUGAAGCGUGGAACACCAGUCUGAUCAGUAGCCACUUACGUAACGAAAGACAUAGGUUAUACUUCAUUCUAUUUGCUAGCGUCCACGAUAGUUUCAACUUUACUUAUUAUUAAAAAGCCACUUGAAAAGUUUAGAUUUCUGUAUUUCUACACUUUUUUUUUACGUGUAAGAAAUAUAUAUUUCUUUUUAAUCAGUCUGAUAAUACAGGGCUACGUUGUCCUGUGUAAUUGGCACACUCCAACCAGUCGAUGUACUGAACCAACUCUAUGACUAAAGUGUCAAGUUCAUUGCGAGUCAUCUUGAAUGUCUUGAUGUCGCUCAAUCUCACACUAACUCUUCUUCUGACGAAUCAAUAAAGCAUUACGUCAACACCAAAACCAUGGAAAAACUCUUAUGUUGUGACAAGAAGGUGGAUAAAAACACCUGUGUCUCCUCUCCAGAACCUCUUCUAAACAGCAGAAGAGUACUCCAGAACUUAUUACAGUUAGAAGACAGAUAUUACCUGGCUUCGUCAUAUUUUGUUUGUCUUCAAUCGGACAUUAAGCCUUACAUGAGAGAAAAAGUGACUGAAUGGAUGUGGGAGGUUUGUGAGGGAGAACAUUGCCAACAAGACGUCUUUCCUCUGGCUGUGAACUGCAUGGAUAGAUUUCUCUCAGUCGUAAAACUUAAAAGAAGUCAACUGCAGCUGUUAGGAACUGUUUGUCUUUUCUUAGCUUCCAAGCUUCGUCAAGUAGUCCCUCUUAUGGGUAGAAAGCUUUGCCAGUACACUGAUAACUCCGUUACACAGGAAGAGCUACUGAGCUGGGAGUUGCUGGUGUUGAGUCGACUUAAAUGGGAUAUAUCAGCUGUGAUUCCAAAUGAUUUCCUCGAGCCCCUGCUCUAUAGGCUUCUCCUCAGUGAAGGAGCAAGGACAAAAGCCAGACAGCACGCUGAAGUCUUUAUUAACAUGUGUUGUACUGAGUUCAAGUUUUCGAUGUACCCCCCUUCAAUGGUUGCUGCGGCUAGUGUUGGGGCAGCUGUGCAAGGACUACACAGACUCAAUAAGGAAUUAUGGGAGUCAUCCAGAGAACUGUUGACGAGGCUUCAUCUCAUCACAGGCAUCGAAAUUGACUGUCUACGUCACUGUUUAGAACAGAUUGAAGAGAUGAUUGCUGCAGAUAUAACUCCUACACAAACGUCACCUAUGGUGUCUCUUAAUGGAAAUGGGAGCAACAAUAACAAGAUGGCAGACAGCAGUGGACUAAAGCCAGCAGACAGUAAACCAGAAACACCAACUGACGUUCAGGAUGUUCAUUUUUAAUCAACUAGUUUAUUUCCUCACAGAAUUGUUGAAUGCAAGGAAAUGCCAAUGCUGAAAAGUCAACUUAGACAACUAUGGUGCUGCCAUCUGUACUAACAAUGCUGUACCUAUGUUGCUAGUCACAGGGUUUGAGCUGAAAGUGACAUUUCGUAGCACAUUCUUAGAUACUUAGCUUUCAAAAAAAGACCCGAAGAAAAACAUGAAAAACUACAAAUUAGGAUUUUUUUUAUUUCCUAUUUUAAAUCGAUACAGUUAAUGUGGCGCUUUUGAUGUUCUUAUAGGCUUAAAUUUUAGCAUCUUAUCGAAGAAGAACAAAACAUUUUUGUGUAUGUUUCUCUUUUUGUACAGUUGAAUAUUCUACAGUGUACAAUUGUAUUACUACGAGACUCUUAUAAUCCGACUUUUGCAUAAUUAUUUGCGCAUUGUUAAGCUAGUGGAACGGGUACAGCUGUUGUCAUUUUUCUGGAACAAAGGUAUUUUAAUUGAACUAGUUGUGUACAUUAAUGUAAUUAAGAUUAAAAGAAAAGUUGGAUGUUGAGCAAAAAUGUCAGAAGUGGAAGUUAAUGAAAGAAAUAACCGUCAGCCUAUUUUUAAUGCGUGUUAAAGAAUUAUAACGCAUCCAGAGACUUCCAAUGGGUUAACCUUUGAUGAUGUGUGAUAUUUUGAUUUGUACCGGGCGCUUUCGUAAGAACAUAGAGUUGUACUUAAUUCUUAAAUUGGAUCUAUACGGUUUUUUUUUAAGUGGUUUGAUUGUGAUUUGGAACUUAUAGUGGUCAGAAUAAGAAUUAUUAAAGAAAAAUACGAAUUUAUUUGACCGAGUUUGCAGACAUUUAGUGACGAAAGUUACUUUGGGGUCAUUUAACUUUUCCUACAGGAAUAUUUUGAAGUUAUUAAAUGACUGAACGUUUUGUAUCGUAUCGUAAUAUUUUGAAUACGAUUAUCGAAUAGUGAUUUUGAAAGCACGAUAGUGUAUUUGAAUAUCUAAACAAAAUGUCGUUGUUUGUUUCUUUGUAAACUAUGUUAACACGGUUACGGUAUAUACCACUGACUUUUUUUUUUAGGGUCUUAAUUUAGUCAAAUAACAAUAGUCAAUAUAUUUCAGUAGGUACUAUUUUUUGCUUACGUAUAACAUGCUUUCCAAUUGUUAAGGAACUUUUGAAGGAUGAGAAUUGUUUUCAAAGUUCCCCAAAACAUCAGCGCAUUGAUACAGUUGGAAAUCAUAUGUAUUAAAGAGUUAUCAAUCUAGUCUUUAUACAAUUUUACUUUAUUGAGAGUUGUUUGAAACAAACUUCUCGCCAUCUGUGCAAAAUUGCUAUUUUUUUAGCUAUAAGACGAUCUUUAUGAGGGUAUAAAUAUUUAUAUAACAUUGUCGUUAACUCGCUACCACUUGCGCAACCACGUGACUUAACUAUCCUUUUCUGUUCAUACAUAUAUAUAUAUAUAUAUAUGUUAUAAAAAUCAAGUUAAAUACAUAGUAUUUCUUUUUUGUUUCCACGUUGCUCGCAACUUGACCAUUGCGGCUCAAAACCACAGGUUUGUAAAAAAUAGUAUUUCAGAUCUGUAUUUUGUCUCCCACACGUCGUUGCCUAAGAAGCUUUUCGUUCAGUACCAGAACUCAUCAGUUGAGAUAGUCGACGAGGGACAAAAUACUCUAUUAAACGCUAUUUAUAUAUCAUAUUACAUAUAUUUAAAUAAUAAACGAUUUAGAAAUAGUUUGGACACGGCCAAGAAUUUUUUAUUUCAGUCAUAAAACAAAAGGUGUCGCUGUUAGUAACAUAAGGUUGAACGGAAAUUAAUUUACUUUAUUAGUUAAGUAAAGUUAUCCUUUGAAAAAAAAAAGUCUCAGGUAAUUCGUAGUAGAAUGAAAUCAAUCCUAGUUGCUUCAUUACUUUCAAAACAAACACCAGUCAUUUUUCAGCUUUAGAUAAAUAGAUUUGAAGAUUAAUAAUCACAGUGAUUGUUAUUUUUUUGCUUACCUUUUCUUUUUUUCGCUCCAUUGAUUCAGGGAAUCACAGUAUAACAUAAGCGCGGUGGUUGUGUAAGGGCAUACCUUAACCUCAGUAUACAUAUACAGCUCUCAGGAACAGUUACUAUAGAAAUAUCUGGUGUAACAUAUUAUCUGUUGAAUAUUAUACACGCCUCCCACAGGAGUUUGUUUUUCCAAAUGCCGUAUUUAUUUGUAUUUCUCAUUUCAAGACCAGCAUAAUUCAGUACUUAACCUAGCUACAUUUCACUGUCUCCCCUCCCCCCUUCCAGCCUGGAUGUGUAAGAAGAGAACAACAAUAUGGCUGAAGAUUUUCUGGGUUUGAAUCUUGAUUGAAUAGUGGCAAACUUUUAUAAGAUUUAUUUCAUAUCGUUAGGCUGUUCACGGUAACUCGUAAUUAUCACUCGAUGCUAGGUCGCAUGUUAAAGUUUAGCUUUCAGUUUCGAUUUUAUUUGUGUUGUAGUUUUGUUUUUAUUAUUAUUAUUUUAUGCUGAAUAAAUG